UUAAAACACUACGUUCUACAACAUGUGGCGUAUUAUUUCGUCAGGUAAAAAUAUGGCGAUUCAUAGCAUCUCUUUCAAAAAAAAAUCUGUGCUUAAAAAAUACAAUAUUAAAGUGAUUUAUGAAAGAACAAACUUAUGCGCAAACUGAGCACUUUGAUGAAGCCGCAGGCAUCGCAAGAGGAUCUUCUUGUUCCAAUUAUCAAAAGCACCUUGAAAAAGAUAUUUGUUCGCUAGUUUUUAAUGUUCUUGAUGCUUCCAAAACUAAAGGAGGAGUUUGUUACUUAAUGGAACUCAUUCGUCGUUUAGUCUACUGCAGGGGAUUAGAACAGAUGUGUACUAGGGAAUCCAUUAUUAAUUUAGCUCUGUUGGCCGAAUUUUUAGAUACACUUCAUAAAACUUUCACAGAAACAAUGUUGGAUAUGAAUCAAUCGCGUCGCGCUAUAAUUGAUUCUUUUCAAACGCAUUUACAAGCAGCCGAUCGUCUUGUUUUUGUGGAACCACAAAACGCUAAAAAAUUAUCUCAGAGUUCUCUUCUUAUGAACUUAAGAACACAAACGAAUUCACUAGAGGAUAUUCGAUCAUAUCCUGUCAUUUAUAUACCUUUUCACCAUUGCCUUCUAACAGCCAAUGAAUUGAAAAGUAUAUCAUUACUUCAAUUUCUUAUUACAAAUACAGUUGAAAAAACGUUAGUACGAGUUUUAAAUGAACAUGCUUCUCAGCUGAGUGAAAAAAAAAUAGAUUGCUCUUCAAAUGAUCCUUCCCGUUUAGUUUGCAUACUGGAUUUCACACACCUUUCCGUUUUAAAUGUCGUUAAAGGGUAUACGAUUCGAGUGAUUGCUGCAGUUAUGGAAGUUAUUUGGGCCAUGGCCCCAACUCUUUUUCACGCAAUCGUUUUUCAUAAAAUAUCCUUGGCUAAAGAACAUUUAUGGAGAUGGUUAAAUUUAGAUAAUAAAUUGCUUGAAACCACGGAUAUUCGUAUUUUCAUAACUCAUACUUUUGACCAACUUGAUCAAUUGUUAAAACUUCAAAAAUACAAAACAAAUUUAAUUCCUACAAUGUGCUCCAUUAAUGCGAAUACAACAACUAAUUCUACUCAGCCAAACACCUCGUUUUUUUUUAAUCGCGCCACUUUAGCAUCAGAUUCUUUUUGGCAGACAUUAAAAACUUCCGACGAAAAACGCAGCAGCUUAUCCCAUACAAAAAAAGUUACAUGGCAUCAACCUAGUGAAACAGUUUCGAGCCAUUUUGAACCAGCCAUUACUUGUCAGGGUCUUCCUUCUACUCGUAAGUUUUCAAGAUCGUUAAUUUCCUUAAACAAUUCCUUGGAAGAAAUUCCUUGUUCCGGAAAUCUUGUUGAUAAAGUGGACAAUGCAUACUCAAAUCUCUGUAACGAGUUUCUUAUUGAUCACACUAAACACACCUUACAACAUCUCCUUCGAAAUGCUGCUAUUCAUGUUCGUUACCCUUCAUCUGAAAAGAUAUUUGAAUCUCCUUCUAAAAUUCCAAACCGUUUCACACAAAUACCCUCUAUACGUCAUACAGCCAACGUAUUCCGUCAUUCAUAACCGUUUCACAAAAAAAAAAUCAACCGUGACAUUUUUCUAGUACCACCUCUUGCUUGUUCUUAAAAAACAAACUCAAUUACAAGAAACAAACAGUAUGCGCUUAUUAAAUUCAUUUCUUUUGCUUGUUACAUAAGUGCAGUUCACCCAUUAAAAAAACAUACGAUUAUUAUAACCGUUCCGUCUGCAAAAUACUCUUUUUGUUAAAUUAACAUUUCAAAUUCAUAUAUCAUUGACUGGUUCAUAAACCGACAUAAAUUUUCACCGACUUUUUUUUUUUGUCACUGUAACGACAGAAACGGAUCUCAUGUCUUGAAAGUAAACCUAAAGUUUGUAAGGGUGUGUAGCUCAGUGGUAGAGCAGCUGACUGCAGAUCAGCAGGUCCAUGGUUCAAAUCCGUGCGCGCCCUUUUUUGUUUUGCUUUUUAAUGACUUUUCGCAGCUUUGACUAAAAUACAACCAUCAAAGAACAAAACUAAUGCGUGUUUCGGAGACUAACAUUAGAAAAGAACUUUAAAUUGCAUCCCGGUAAAGUGACAUAGAAAAUGGCCAGUGUAAUGUCAAUUCAAGGCUUUUAAAUAAGCCGUAAUAAAUUUACAGAGACUGUUUAUUACGAACAGUUUUUCAAUAAAUUUGUGCUGAUUGGCAAGUGAA